AUGGAUGACACCAUUCCUAUGCCCGAUCUGAGUCAUUUGACUGAAGACGAGCGCCAGUCUAUCAUGAAAGUAAUGCAACGGCAACAAGAAGAAGAGAAACGAGAGAAAUCCAUGUAUCAAUCAGUCGAGCGUAAUCUGGCAGUUUUAAAAGAGAAACACUUAUCCGGAGCCGCUCCGAAUCCGAAAGCGCAGAGUUCCCAGCCCCCUCCUCCAGUUCAAAAGAGUAUGAACACGCCGCCUAAGGAAGCAGUGCCUCCGGGGUUGUGCCCGAUCUGCAGGAAGACGCAACUCGCCCGCGGGUGUGGACAUCGCUGCGGAUUCUGCAAGUUGGUCUUCUGCUCGCGCUGUGGCGGCAAGUGGCAGGUAAAUAGAGAUAUAAACAAAUUGUGA